CACACGUUUAGUUCAGUUGCUUUCAAAGCGUUGUCGUUAGCAGUUCGCUCGUGGGACAGCCAUAGUCUCCGGUACACAGAUCCACAACAUAGUUGGCCACUUGGCUACUCGCGCACUCGAUACACAGUACCACACAGUUCACUUGCAUUGUGCAGUGGUGAUUCCCUUAAUUUCGUUCGGUUACGCGGCAGCUGGCGGCAUUUGUGUUCGGCAUUUGAUUUGUGAAUAAAACAAUUUUGAAAACAAAAAAAAGUAUAAAAAGCGACGAAGUCAAAGUAGACUAAAAAUCUACCUCAAGUGAUUAACACUCUCCCCCCCUCCACAACAGCCAAAACAUGCCGCAGCGUGAGCAAAAUGGCGGCAUUGGCAUUAUAAAAAAGCUGCGACGCUCUGCCUCCGCCACCGAACACAAUCUCAGUGAAUUGCGUAAACGACGAUCCAGUUCAGCGCUGUUAGAUCAAAAUGGCAUACCAAUAGAUUUGAAUAAAUAUCGCAAAGUUUUGGACAAAGACGACAAUGGCAAUGGGAAUGGUAAUGGUGACAAGAAACAGCGAUAUCGGCGGACGCAGAGUGUUACCCGCGCCGAGGAGAUACAAAGUAAAGAGGAGAAACAACGUAAAGAGCAGCCAGAUAAGCCUUGCCACCGCCCGCGCGAUUCACUGUUUUCAUGGAGUUCGGGAUUCAGUAAUUUCACAGGUCUCGUUAACUGGGGUUUCCUGCUUUUAACCAUUGGCGGAUUUCGAUUGUGUUUAGAAAACCUGCUCAAAUAUGGCAUCAGAAUAAAUCCUUUGGACUGGUAUUACUUUAUGAGUGGCAAAAAUGAGGGACAAGAAGGUCAUGCUUCGCUUUUAUUGAUUUUAUACUCUUUUGUGCACAUCUCGAUAUGCCUAAUGGUGGAAAAGGGUCUAGCCAUGGAAAUCCUCUCAGAAACCUUUGGAAUGUUCGUGCAAGUAACCAACAUAAUAUUGGUCAUUUUCUUGCCGGUGGUCAUAAUUCACCUAAAGGGUGAAGCAUUCAGUUUAAUUGGCGGUUCCUUUGUAUGCUUUAUUUACUCCAUACUAUUUCUGAAGCUAUGGAGUUACGUGCAGACAAAUAUGUGGUGUCGGCAAACCUACUACCUUAAGCAGUACAAUCCGCGUGAGAGGCGUCCCAGUAUAACAGUGGCUGAAUUGCAAAAUGGUUACUUGGGUGAUGAAAUCGAUGAGGACAUACCGAAAUUGGUUCAAUAUCCAGACAAUUUAUGCUAUAAAGACUUAUUCUACUUUCUACUUGCACCUACAUUAUGUUACGAGCUAAACUUCCCCAGAACUACACGUGUACGCAAGCGUUUCCUGUUGAAGCGUCUGCUGGAAGUGCUCUUCGGUUUUAAUGUUAUUAUGGCGCUAUUUCAACAAUGGAUUAUACCAUCAGUGCGCAAUUCACUUAUACCCUUCUCCAAUAUGGAAGUUGGUUUGGCCACCGAAAGGCUGCUCAAGUUGGCGCUACCUAAUCACUUGGUUUGGUUGUGCUUCUUCUACUUGCUGUUCCAUUCAUUUUUGAAUGCCGUUGGCGAAUUAUUACAUUUCGCCGAUCGCAAUUUCUACUGUGAUUGGUGGAAUGCAAACAAUAUUGAUACAUUCUGGCGCACAUGGAAUAUGCCGGUGCACAGGUGGUGUGUAAGACAUCUGUAUGUACCAGUAGUUAAGAUGGGUUACUCAUCCGCUCAAGCGUCCACUAUCGUUUUCCUCAUAAGCGCAUUCUUCCACGAAUACUUGGUAUCCAUACCACUACAAACCCACAAAAUAUGGGCUUUCCUCGGCAUGAUGGGUCAGAUACCGCUGUCGGCGAUAUCAAAAUCUAUUGAACGUAAAAUGGGUCCACGCAUGGGUAAUAUUAUUGUUUGGGCAUCGAUAAUAUUGGGACAACCACUGUGUAUAAUGAUGUACUACCACGACUACGUUGUGACGCACUAUCACGAUGCGUUGAAUAGCACCGUUUACAAUGAAGGCUAGAUAUUAUAGUUUUAAUAUUUUUAAUUCAAAUAUGGAAAGCUAAUAGAAACGUGUACUUAGAAUGUAAUGCAAGUAAAUUGUGGAGAGUGGUAGCACAAGGCAAAGACAGACUAUGCUUUAAUAAGCAAAAUGCUAAAUUA